AUGGGAAACACAACUUCUAAUCAUCCUCAAAUCACAGGAGUUUUUAGUGAAUACUCUUUUCACCAUAAAAAUUGUCUUAUUUCCUCUCAUUCUACAUAAAGAAAAAUAUUAAAGGCUGCUUCGAAGGGAAAUGAAAUACCUCAUAGAAGUAAUCGUCGAUUUGCUCCUAAUAUUCUCAAAUCGUUAGAGUUCAAAAGUGAAGGCAAUCAUUACAUCUAAAUGAAACAAUAUAAAAAAGCAAUUGAAUCAUACACACAAGCAAUUGUAAGUUGUAUUACCUAAAAUAGAAUCUCUAUGAUCAUGAUUCUAUCUACUUCUCAAAUCGAUCAGUGGCUAAUAAGCUUCUCAAUAGAUUCUAGGAAGCAAAACAAGAUGCUUAAUAAGCAAUAAAAAUAGAUAAGUGUAAUUCAAGAGCUCAUUUUCUUUAUGGAACUGUAAUUUUGAUUGAAGUCCAAAUGUUUCCUGAUAUUAGUGAGGCACUCAUAAAGCAAGCAUUAUUAGGAAUUGAAGAACUUGAAAAAGGUAAUAUAGUCUUUAUAUUUAUAGCUUCUGAUUAGGUUAAAUAAAAUAAAAAUGAAUAAAAAAAUAAAUUAAAAGUCUUGAUUAAUCAAAAUUUGGCUAAAGGAAAAAGAAUGAUUUAUUUGAUAAGAUAAGAAAUUGAUAAAAGAAGUACUCUUUUUAUAAUCAUUCUUAAAUAGAUAUCCUCUCUCUAAAAUAAACAUUAAAGGAUAUUGCACAUAGAUAGCAUUAACAAUUAGAUUGGAAUCUUAUCGAGUAGAAUAUCCACAAAAAAACCGAAAUUAUUUUGCCAGAAUACUUUUUAUGCCCUAUAACCUAUGAAAUAAUGGAUGAACCCACACUUCUCAAUUCAGGAUUAACUUAUGAUAAAAUUAGUAUCCAAUAAUAAUUUAAAUAAAAUGGUUAUGUGGAUCCUAUUACUAGAGAAAACAUUGAUCCUAUGGGAUUGAUUUAAAAUAUCUAAUUAUAAAAUGGUAUCCAAUAAAUUCAAUAAUAAUACGGAUGGAUAGGAAUAGAAAAUGAAAGAGAUUACAAGGCAAUUAAAUUUGAAUGA